CUCAAAGCAAAAAAAAAAAAAAACACACUCUUGAUUCUAUAGUUGGUUAACUACUUUAACAAACUUAGUCAUGGCAAGCAAAUAUGGCAUUAUUCUCUUUUCCCUUCUCUUUAUUCUAAUUAUAUCCCAAGGAAGCCAGGCUAAGCAUUCUCAUGGACCAACUCCUCAACCAGUGGAGACGCCAACACCCAGUUCUCAACCCAACCUUCCAACGUACGGAGUCACUCAAGGAAGCCUCCAACCACAAGAAUGCCCCGGGCGGUGCACGCAGCGGUGCUCUGCUACGCAGUACAGGAAGCCGUGCAUGUUCUUCUGCAAGAAAUGCUGUGAGACUUGCCUGUGCGUGCCGCCGGGGACGUACGGGAACAAGCAGUCCUGCCCUUGCUACAACAACUGGAAGACCAAGAGGGGAGGCCCAAAAUGCCCCUGAACAUUAAAAAUAUAUAAAUAUAAAUACGCACGUACCUAGCCCUGCCUAUUGUAAUGAAGUUUGAUGGUGGCCUAUCUUAAGGCCCGUCACCUUUUUAUUGGAGUGUGGGUUGGCCUGGCCUAUGCGCUGUGGCUGAUUCAUCGUAACGGUUUGGUGUGAUCCUGGCCCUGGCUAUAUUAUGGCCCAUCAAAUAUUAUUGUAUGAUGGCUCUUUGUUUUUGUAUUAAGAUGUUGUAUUUCUUUGAAACAGGAGUUAAUUAGAAAAUUAUGGGCGAAGAAAUUGUACA